AUGGCAGGCGACUUACUUGAUCCAAAGGCGUUGCUGGAUCCACGCCAGCGAUCGCUGAGUGACGCGAACACCAUAGUAUCUACCGGACCCUCGAUCACGACUGUCAAUGGAACUACGGCUGCGCCGAGUUUCGUCGACGCCGACCCAAAGCAAGCCCUUGCACCAGAUCCCGGUACCGAAGCCGAUUUCGAAGUUGCCAACAAUCCUUUCGAUUACAGUCCUGGCCAGCUGAACAAAUUACUCAACCCAAAAUCUCUAGAUGCACUCAGAGCUUUGGGAGGCCUCGAGGGCCUCGUCCGUGGACUUCACACUGACAUCAGCACAGGCCUGAGUGUUGACGAGGUCGGCGACCAGCUCAACUCCAGAGGCCCAGCGGCAGAGAGAAUUCGCGUGUACGGACGCAACCAGCUUCCUCCGAAGAAGCCGAAGUCGAUUUGGAAACUGGCUUGGAUCACGUUCCAGGAACCAGUCCUUCUCUUGUUGACCGUGGCCGGUGUCAUCUCUCUUGCGCUUGGUCUCUACGAGACCUUCGGUGUCGCCCAAGAACCUGGCGAUCCGACUCCAGUUGACUGGGUCGAGGGUGUCGCUAUUCUUACAGCCGUUGCCAUCGUUGUAGUAGUCGCGUCACACAACGAUUGGCAGAAGGAAAAGGCCUUUGUCAAACUCAACACCAAAAGAGACAGUAGGGACGUCAAGGUACUGCGAUCUGGCAGGUCCAUGCUCGUCAACACUGGGGAAGUCCUUGUCGGAGACAUUCUACACCUUGAGCCAGGUGAUGUGGUACCUGUCGAUGGUAUCUUUAUUGAUGGACAUGGCGUCAGGUGCGAUGAGUCAUCUGCGACUGGCGAGUCGGACGCAGUAAAGAAAACUGCUGCCGCAAAGGCCAUGGAGCAAGAAUCCAUGGAAAAAGGAACAACAGAUAUUGACCCCUUUAUCAUCUCCGGCUCAAGGGUCACCGAGGCCGGCCUGUUUGGUGCUUCAGAAUUCUUCUCCGAUGUCACUUCAUGGGCCAAAUCCUUAUCCAAGGACGUCAUGAACCUCAUUGUUCAAUCAGUUACAAUCAACUCCACCGCAUUCCAGGGUGAGCAGGACGGAGUCACUACAUUUAUCGGAUCCAAAACGGAGACUGCUCUACUGGAGUUUGCCAAGGAUCACUGUGGUCUUCAAUCUCUAUCGGAGGCCCGGGCCAACGAACAAGUCGUCCAUAUGGUGCCAUUUCAGUCCGCUAAGAAGUACAUGGCCGCCGUCAUCAAGGCGCCAUCGGGAUAUAGACUUCUUGUCAAGGGCGCUUCCGAAAUUGUUCUCGGCUUCUGCUCCACCCAACUAAACGCAUCAACGGGUGACGUCGAACCCCUGGACCGCAAGCGUGCAGAGGACGCUAUCGCUGCGUAUGCGCGCAAGUCUCUUCGCACAAUCGCAAUCGUGUACAAGGACUUCGAGCAAGACCCCGACGUUGAAAGCCUAAGUAACCUGACCUUGCUCGGUAUUGUUGGGAUACAAGACCCUGUUCGCCCUGGUGUUCCUGCAGCCGUACAAAAUGCUAAACGAGCUGGCGUUACGACACGUGUAGUGACAGGAGACAAUAUAGUCACUGCUCAGGCUAUUGCUACAGAAUGUGGUAUCUUCACGGAUGGUAUCAUCAUGGAGGGACCCCAGUUUCGUCGCUUGUCCGACAAAGAGUUUGAUGAAGUCAUCCCCAGGCUCCAGGUUCUUGCCCGUUCGUCUCCUGAGGAUAAACGUAUUCUAGUUACCCGUCUCAAAGCCCUUGGGGAAACCGUGGCUGUGACAGGCGACGGCACAAAUGACGCACCAGCACUCAAGGCUGCCGAUAUUGGUUUCUCUAUGGGUAUUUCAGGUACUGAGGUAGCCAAGGAAGCAUCUGAAAUCAUCCUCAUGGAUGAUAACUUUACCUCGAUUGUCACUGCACUCAAGUGGGGACGAGCUGUUAAUGAUGCUGUUCAGAAGUUCCUUCAAUUUCAAAUCACUGUCAACAUUACUGCGGUGAUUCUCUCGUUCGUGACGUCUAUGUACGAUCAUGACAUGCAACCCAUUCUGAAAGCCGUACAGUUGCUCUGGAUCAACUUGAUCAUGGAUACUAUGGCUGCGCUGGCAUUGGCAACCGAUCCUCCGACAGAUGCCAUUCUUGACAGACCCCCUCAACCAAAGUCGGCGCCGCUCAUCACUGUAAACAUGUGGAAAAUGAUCAUCGGUCAAUCAAUCUUCCAACUUGUCGUUGUUCUUGUCCUUUACUUCGCAGGCGGACAGAUAUUGCGCUAUGACAUUAACAUCCCUGAUGAGAAGCUCCAGCUCGACACCAUUAUCUUCAAUGUCUUUGUCUGGAUGCAGAUCUUCAACGAACUGAAUUGUCGUCGACUGGAUAACAAGUUCAAUGUCUUCGUCGGCGUGCAUCGGAAUUGGUUCUUCCUCGCUAUCAAUGCAAUCAUGAUCGGGCUACAGGUUGGUAUAGUAUUUGUUGGUGACCGAGUGUUCGACAUUCAUCCUGAUGGUCUGAAUGGCACACAAUGGGUCAUCUCUAUACUUAUCGCUGCAAUGAGCCUGCCUUGGGGAAUUGUUGUGCGCAUCUUCCCUGAUGCAUGGUUUGCAAGUGUGGUUGCAUUCGUGGCACCACCUUUUGUUACAUCAUACAGCCUGAUGACCAAGGGUUUCCGCAAAAUUGGCGCGUUGUUCAAAAAGACUAAACCUACCAACUUAGUUCUAGAAAAGUAG